AUGAUCCCACACAAUAGCGGGAAAGUGAAGUGUGGUGUUGAUCUGGAAGACCCCUUGCCCACAUUGCGGACUUCAAUAGGGAACGAAAAAGACGAAAGCAAUCGGCGACCAUCGUACUCGGGGUCUGACUCUGACGACUUCUCCCUCUGGAGCGACACUGGAGAUCUCGCAGAGCAGCUCACCAACGCCGAGGACCCCUAUCGGAUUGAGCUAGGUCCUCUGACCCGGGAAGGUCAUAGGCUCAGAGACUCCGGUCGUGGUCACGGUGGAGGACGGAAGAAGAGAGUUGGAUUUCGAGAACAAGAUCACCUUGAGCGGGAUCAUCCCCCUCUCGGUAUAGAUAAAGAGGCUAUCUUCAUUCCGGAGCCUCCACCGAGGCAGAUCACCAAGACAGAAAGAAUAUUAGCACUCAUCAUGGCUCCCAAUGAUACCGAGACUGCCCGAGCAAAGGGCCUCGUGGGGAAGCCGUUAUUGUACUUCACAAGUGUUUUCGUAUCACUGGGUGUAUUUCUUUUUGGCUACGACCAAGGCGUUAUGUCUGGUAUUAUUACUGGUCCUUUUUUCAGAGACGCAUUCAAUCAGCCCGGCCCAGCUGAAGUUGGUACCAUGGUGGCCAUCCUCGAGGUUGGCGCACUUAUAGCAUCACUAUGCGUUGGACGCAUUGGCGACAUCAUUGGACGCCGUAAGACUAUUCUUUACGGAUCAAUGGUUUUCUUCGUUGGUGGGAUGCUCCAAACUUUCGCCAAUGGUAUGCCCAUGAUGAUGGUAGGGAGAUUGAUCGCGGGUUUUGGAGUCGGUGCGCUAUCCACCAUUGUACCUGUUUAUCAAUCCGAGAUCAGUCCUCCACACAAUAGAGGCAAGCUGGCCUGUAUAGAGUUCACAGGUAACAUUACGGGUUACGCUGCAAGUGUUUGGGUCGACUACUUUUGCAGCUUUAUCCAGAGCGACCUCUCAUGGAGAGUGCCCCUAUUGAUGCAAUGCGCUAUGGGUGCACUUCUCGGAUUUGGCAGCUUGAUUAUCUGCGAAUCCCCUCGGUGGCUCCUAGACAACGACCAUGACGAGGAGGGGAUUAUUGUCAUCGCCAAUCUCUAUGGCAAAGGUGAUAUUCACAACCCCAAGGCCCGACAAGAAUAUCGCGAGAUCAAAAUGAACGUCCUCUUGCAACGUCAAGAAGGAGAGCGUUCGUACUCGGACAUGUUCAAACGAUACUAUAAGCGCGUCUUUAUUGCCAUGUCGGCUCAGGCAUUCGCACAACUAAACGGUAUCAAUGUCAUCUCGUACUACGCACCCCUGGUCUUCGAAUCGGCAGGCUGGGUGGGACGAGACGCAAUCCUGAUGACUGGCAUCAAUGCAUUCACUUACCUGGGAUCGACGAUUCCGCCGUGGUAUCUGGUUGAUCGAUGGGGACGGCGGCCAAUUCUCUUGUCUGGGGCUGUGGCUAUGAUCAUUUCCUUGUCGCUCAUCUCCUACUUUAUCUUCAUCGACGUACGGUGGACCCCAACGCUGGUGGUGAUUUUUGUCAUGAUUUACAAUGCGGCAUUUGGAGCCAGCUGGGGCCCCAUACCGUGGCUGUACCCUCCUGAAAUUCUGCCGCUCAGCAUUCGGGCGAAAGGUGCCAGCUUGAGUACGGCCAGCAACUGGGCGUUCAACUUUUUGGUUGGGGAACUUACACCGAUACUUCAGAAAACCAUCAAGUGGAGAUUAUAUCUUGUACACGCCUUCUUCUGCGCAGUCAGUUUCGUUCUAGUUUAUUUUGUAUAUCCCGAAACGGCCAAUGUUCGUCUCGAAGACAUGAACGCGCUCUUUGGGGAUGCCACAACGGCGAUGCCAACUCCCUCCACUCAGGCGGAACGAGGAUCUCUCAUGGGCGUGGGAUCGCCAUCCUCUAUCGACAUCAGACAAGGUGCUCCCCAGCCAGGUGUCUUCUCCGCAGACGCCGCAAUUCCUGGUCUUGAUAUAGAUCCUCCCGAUGUCCAACUAGACGAAAAUGGAAACCCGCGUGGUAGACGGCAGAGUAACCAAGAAGGUUUCGGGGGUUGGAUUGGUCGAAUGGUGUCUAGGACACGCCAAGACAGCAGUUCCCGCGGUCAGUAUGGGAAGAUCGGUCAAGACGAGGACUAA